AUGGAGAGAUUUUAUCUGAGGCGUACUUCAUCCAGUUCCGCAAAUGACUUGACCGACACUGAAGCCUUGAACAGAUCACAAUACUAUGCGAAAAGCAAGCAGCUGCAAGAUAUUGCUGAGUGCAAAAGUCUAAUUUCCCUGCAGGCAAUCGUCAUCUUGAAUCUUUUUCUUUUAUCCACGACCAGACUUUCAACAUGCUACACUUACCUCACGACAUCAAUGUCUAUCGCUUUGAGGACGGACAAGAUAAUGCUCGACCAGUUCAAUGACCUUAUUAGUCGUGUGUCAGGUUUCAGCGCCUAUCAGUCCUUGCAUUGGAUAUUUGAUAAGGUCAUAAGACAACUAUACCCAUCAAAGGCCUCGAGCGGCUUCAAAAUCUCUGACCCUACGAGUCAAACCGUAGCAUUCAGCGCAGUACGGGAGUUAGAAUCCGAGUUGGUGCAGUGGGCGAAGAAACUUCCCCUCCCUCUACGGCUUGGAGUAACUAUUUCAAGAAGUCCAGUACAAAGAGCCCAUUAUAUGUUGUACCUGACGUAUGCCCACACGCAACUAUGUCUUUACCGACCAUUCUUGCACUACGUUUCAUCACAUGCGUUGGGACCCGUAUGCUCUGUGAGCAGCGCUUUCUCAUGUGCCAUUGCAUGUAUUGACGCCGCUCAGAAUAUUGUAGCACUAUGCUUGGACAUGUUUAAGCACGGCCUUCUUGCAGGGCCAAAUUGGAUUGCAAUUCAUAUUCUAUUCAGCUCGAUGUCAUGCCUUUUGUACUCGAUACUAAUGUCCAGAGCCACAUACCAAGCAGAGAUGAUCUUCAAAGAUAUAUCUAAAAGCAGGAAAAUACUGAAUUUCCUUGCUAAAACUAGCUUUCAUGCUCGGCGAGCGAAGAUUACGUUCAUGGUGAGAUAA